AUGGCCGAGCUAAAGAAGAAUUUGGAAGAAAUUCUGGACAAAAGGUUCAUAGGUCCAAGUAGUUCCCCUUGGGGUGCAGCAGUCCUCUUUGUGAAAAAUAAGGAUGGUAGCUUUCGGUUAUGCAUCGACUAUCGAGGGUUGAACAUGGUGACUGUGAAGAAUAAGUACCUGUUAACUCGGAUAGAUGAAUUGCUGGAUCAGCUCAAAGGAGCUAAGUGGUUUUCCAAGAUCGAUCUGGCUUCGGGUUAUCAUCAGAUUUCCAUAGAGCCUAAUGACAUGAGGAAAACGACAUUUAGGACCAGGUACGGCCACUACGAGUUUGUGUUUAUGCCUUUCGGUCUUACAAAUGCACCUGCUACAUUCAUAAAAAUGAUGAACAGCUUGUUCCGAGACUUCUUGGACGAAUCAGUUAUCAUUUUCAUAGAUGAUAUUUUGGUUUACUCCAAGGAUGAUGAAUCUCAUAAGGAACAUCUGUUAGCUGUGUUGGAACGGUUACGGGAACAUAAGUUUAUGCUAAAUUCAGCAAGUGCAGUUUUUGGUAGAAGAGCAUAA